GCGUUUACGUUACGUCCAUUUUGAUGAACUUCCGUCUGACCUUAAAUGGGCCAAUCACUUAAGAGCACGAGACCGAGGCGCGAAAGCUGCUAACCUGAUAUCAAAUGACUUCACUUAUUUUCAUCUUUACUUGGUAACUUGUACAGUUUAAGGAGUUUUUGUGUUGAACACCGUACUUUUCUUUCCAUCGUGUUGUAUGGUGUCACGAGGUGGCGAUCUGUGUUGUUUUUCGGGUUGCUUUACUGAGCCUCGAACGUGGACAAGAAGCACAGAUGUCGUUGGCAAACGGUACAAUUAAGACGGACACCUGAAGUGAUACACCCAACACCGGGUCAUCGAAGAGCGAGUUGUGGAAAACAACACAAUGUGUUCUAUACCGGGACUCCCAUCAACAGGUUCAAAUGUACCUGUACUUAUUUCCCGAGUAAAUGUAAACCCCUCAUGUGUUCUGGUAGAGUUUUGGGGUAAUUUUGACCAAGACCGGAAGUUUGCAUAUCAGCAACUGAAAAAGGAGAUUCAAUACCCUAGAGAGGUGUUUUGUGAAUCUGAUGGAAAUCCUGGGGACUUGUGCCUUGUACGUGUGUAUGAAACAUGGUACAGGGCACGUGUCGUAUCAAAAGAUACUGAGGAGUACAGUGUGUUUUUAAUUGAUGAAGGAAAAACACUACGUGCCACAGUUAACACGUUAGCAUGGGGCAAAAGUGAAUUUUUCUAUCUACCUCCUGAGGUUGAAUUCUGUGUCCUUGCUAAUGUCUUACCACUGUCUCCUGCAAACAAAUGGUCAACAAUGGCCUUGGAGUUCAUGAAGACCUUCUGCGGUAAAAAAGUUAGCGCCUCAGUUCAAGAUGUUCUCGUGCCUCAUCGAACAUUCCUACUUGACAUUCCUUGUCUGUCCAAACAGAUGUAUGAAAUGGGGUUUGCAAAAAAACUGUCCAGUGAAAGGUUCAAAGAGUUUGUCACAAAGUCUAUUCAGGCUAACUGUGGACCUGCAGAUCUUCAGAGAAUUUCAUCCAUUGUGAGCAAGCCCUUGGAACCCAUUGAGCCGAUGGAGAAGCCGCAAUCCUACAUGUAUCCAGAGUUGCAGACCGAUACUGUUGAGACUGUGGUUGUCACAGAGGUGUCAAGCCCAUUUCGAAUAUUCUGUCAACUUAAGGUGUUUUCUCAGGAGCUAAGGAAGUUAACAGAACAGAUAACUCUGCAUUACGAAGGAAGAAUUGGAACACAUUUUGCCAGACCUGAGAAUUUGGGCAGCCCAUGUGCAUCAAGAGGAAAUGAUGGAAAGUGGUAUCGUUCUGUGCUGCAGCAGGUCAUGUCUGCCACCAGUGUGGUUGAGGUUUUGCACGUGGAUUAUGGGAAGAAACAAUUCGUACAGGUUGAGAACGUCAGACCUCUUGCCUCCGAAUUCUUCAGAAUGCCUGUUGUAACGUACGUGUGCUCUCUUCAUGGAAUAGUUGACAGAGGUGUUGGUUGGACAUCUUCACAGAUUGAUUUCCUGAAAUCUCUUCUGCUCAACAGAACAGUGAUUGCCAAAUUUCAGUAUCAGAGCCUUUCAGAAGGUGUCCACUAUGUCACGAUUUAUGGAGAGGAGAACACAAACAUCAAUAAGCUCUUUGAGUUGAAACAGAAAUGCGUGCUGGACUCUGAUUUGACCAGUAUUGAUUUUGCUGUUCAAAAGAGCCCAUCGUCUCAGAGCAAAAUUUCAGAAAGAAGUGAGAGCAGACUUCCAGAUGAAACUUACUCUGACCCUAAAGAGAACAAACCUGUGUUUUUUACAGAAAGCCUCCCACCUAACACUUCACAUGUAGCUGUUGUGCAACAUGUUGACAGCCCUGGAAAGUUUUGGGUUCACACUCAGCGUUACGGCGAUGAAUUCGAUCAGCUAAUGAACAGCCUUGGACGUUUGUACGAUGAUCCAACCAGUACAGAAAAUUUGAUAAAGAAGCCUGUUGCUGGUCUCCUCUGUGCUGCUAAAGCACAAGAUGGUGUGUUCUAUAGAGCAGCUAUCUACAAGGUGAUCGACAAGAAAGCAGACGUUUACUUCCUUGACUAUGGGAACACAGAACUUGUUGAUUGUUGCAAUCUUCGACAGUUGCCCAUGAGAUUCCAGCAGCUACCAGCUGUGGCAGUAAAGUGCUCACUCCAUGGCGUUAAAUCCAAACUGAAACACUGGGAUGAGAAGGCCACGAUGUACUUUUUACAAAUUGUUGAAGAGAAAGUACUUGAUCUGCUUGUAGUUAACAAGUUUCAAGACACCCAUUUUGUUCAGCUGGUGGACCCCAGUUUAGAGGGUGAAAAUGAUAUAAGCAAAUUGUUGUGCAAAGCAGACGUGGCAGACAGCGAAAAGAGCUUGGUGGAGAAUCCUGCCAUAAGAUCUUGCAGUUUAAAAACGGCACACACCACUGGUCUGUUCAAGACAAGUACUCGACCUCAAACACCAUCCAGUUCUUCUGUUUUGCCAGAAAGUGCUUCUGCUUUCAAGGAGUAUUUAUUUCCAAUCGGAAGUUCACUGGAGGUAACCGUGUCCUACAUCCAGAGUCCGAAUGACUUCUGGUGUCAAAAAGCCAAAAAUGCAGCAUGUUUAGAAGUGUUGAUGCAAGAUAUUCAGCGCUUCUAUGCUCAUAGUGAAAUUCAGCAUCCUUUCGAAGCAGCUUGUGUUGCCCGUCAUCCUGAUACUGGCAUAUGGUACAGAGCCUUGGUCAUUCACAAGCACCAAACUCCACAUGUUGAUGUGUUGUUCAUUGACUAUGGACAGACAAAGAAGGUUGCCAUUGAGGAUCUUAGGAAAAUAAAUCCAAUGUUUUUGAAGAUGAAAGGACAAGCAUUUCGUUGCAGUUUAUAUAAUCUGAUCCACCCAGUCUCUCAUUCAGCUAUGGAUUGGAGUCCUGAAGCCACAAUGCAGUUUCAAGAAUUUGUUGACACCGCAGCUUCCACAAAUGUGCCUUUGAAAUGCACCAUUUUUGCCGUGAUGUAUGAUUCCCAGAAAGUGGUGUUCAAUGUGGUGGACUUGGAGACGCCGUUCCAAAGCAUUUGCAAUCUACUUGUCCAAAGACAUCUUGCUGAUCGCGCACCUUCUAAAAGAACUCCUGUCCCGCCCUUUCGCCUGGACACCUACUACUACUCCACACACGGUAUCAAGACUGGUUGUGAGGAGAAAGUGAGCAUCACCUGUGUAAAAAGUCCCACGCAGUUCUUUUGCCAUCUGGCAAGGAAUUCAGACCAGGUGGAUGAACUUGCCGACAAAGUCAACUCCCUGUGCCGUCAACUAGAGGUUACCAAGUGUCCUCAGACAUUUGGAACGGUUUGCUUCGUAAAGUACACAGAUGGACUUUGGUACAGAGGUCAAAUAAAGUCUACAAAACCAUCAGUUGUGGUUCAUUUUGUGGAUUAUGGGGACACACUUGAAGUUGAUAAAUCAGCCUUGCUGCCGGUGCCAAUUGAAGCUGGAGAGAUAAUGACAGUCCCAGUGCAGGCAGUAGAAUGCGGACUCUCAGACAUACCAGACGACGUGCCAUGUGAAGUGGUAAAAUGGUUUCAGAAAUUUGCAGAGGGCUUUUCUCUCAAAGCUUUGAUUGUGGCAAAAGAUCCUGGAGGGAAACUAAUGGUGGAGCUUUAUGAUGGAAAAACUCAAGUAAAUGCAUUGAUCAAACAGAAGUUUCGCCAUGAAAUUCCUAGAAAUGAACCAAGCACAUUCAAAGACUUCAGCUCCAGGAGCAAAAAUGCACAAAGCAUGGGAGACCAUGUGAGAGAGCGUUCCAUGGAAGUAAAGAAAUAUCCCAUGGAUAAGGUUCAGCGAUCCGGUGAAAGUCAUGCAGCACAGAAAGUUAAUGGUUUUGAAUCGAAGCGGAGCAAGUGGGGACUCCAAAAAGAUGCCGAACCAGAACCAACCAAGGAUCUUCCGAUGUACCAUAAUGACCAAAAGCAACCCAGUUCACAAAGAAAGCCAGAUAGUGGAUAUGAGUUGACGCGCCCUUGUCAACCUCUGAAAAAUGAUAAUGUUAUAACCAAGCCCCAGACUUCUCUCAAAGAGUCUGACCUCCCAGUGAAAUUAAUAAAACCAGGCCAGGAAGCCAGCAUCUUUAUCUCACAUUGCAACAGUCCUCUUGAGUUCUUUGUUCAACUGGCAACAGAGGAGGAUGACAUUUAUUCACUUGUGGAGAAGUUAAACGAUGACCAAUUGAAGCAUGUUAAUGUUAAUCCCAGUGAUAUUCAUGAGGGAGAUUUGGUUUGUGCAGUGUUUCCUGAUGAUAACUCAUGGUAUCGUGCAGCAGUAAGAAAAAACACUGGUGACACAGUUAAUGUUGAGUUUAUUGACUUUGGAAACUCUGCUGUGGUUUCUUCGUCAAAAAUAUGUCGUCUUGAUCAAUCUUUUGCUUCAUUUCCAAGGUACAGCAUCCACUGCUCGCUAAGCAAUCAGAAUGUUGACGGCACAGACCAAAGCACUGUACCCAACUUCAAACAGGUAGUUGAACAAAACGUCGAAAAGGUCAUGUGCACGUUUGUGAAGCAGUCAGGGACUGUAUGGGAAGUGAAACUUGAUAUUAAUGGUGUUGUGCUGGGAUCCACACGUGAGGAUGAAAGUCCACCAGUGGUUGAGCUUAAGACCCCAAGUGUCAAGCAAACAUCUGAUGUCAAGGAAUGCACCUAUUACAAAAACCCUGAUGUAUCAUUUGGAGAAAUGCUCAGCGGUUACGCCUCAUUCAUCAGAGGUCCUCAGCUCUUCUGGUGCCAGAAUGCAAUAGCAGACAAGCUCCAAGAGAUUUCGGAUGCGUUACUGAAUGUCAGUGAUGUGUUGGGGAAUACAUUGAAGGAGGACUCUGUACCUUUGGGAAGUGCUUGCAUCGCCCUUUUCACUGAAGACAAUCUGUGGUAUCGUGCUAAAGUAACAUCUAGGGACCAAGACACACUGUCAGUUACUUUUAUAGACUAUGGAAAUGAAUCCAAAGUGAAUAUAAGCGAAGUGAGAGCACUUCCACCUGAAUUAUCUGAUGUUCCCCCUCAAGCAUUUGACUGCCAACUUGAAGGUUUUGAUCUUUCCAAUGGUGUCUGGGAUGAAAAGGCAGAUGAUGAGUUUUUUGAGCUCAUUAAUGAAAAGCUUUUAGAAAUCACCAUUGAGAGAAUGGGAAACUCUGAAAUGCCAUACUUUGUCAAGGUGGAGUGCGAUGGUGUUCUCAUCAACAAUGUCAUGCAACGGUAUUGGAGAAGCCUUACAUGCCCAUCAGUUGAAGAGUUGAGUGGAGCAGAACUGGUUUCCUUUGAAGAUUCUGUGGCAUCUGAAAUUAAAGUUGGCUCUGAAGAGGACACUGAUCUUGUUGCAAGUAAAAUAUGCACCUCAGGCCUCAAUAUUCAACAUGCUAACCAAGAGCAACCUAAUGAACCAAAUUAUACAGAGGUCGAUGAAGCACAGGGCGAGCCACUUGUGGUGAAUGAUGAAAAUCUUCUCUUAGCUGAUUUGAGUACGAGUAUGGUGUCCUCAAGACCCCUGGAAUCCACAAGGGAUCCAGAUCAUGAACCAAUUUCUGAUGUCACAGCAAGUUUAUUAGACCUGACAAACCAGAAUGAUGGUGCCAAAGAGACACCUAUGGAUCCAGUGCCCUCUCAUCCAAUUUUGGCAUCUGAUAGUGCCUCAGAUAUUAUUCCACCAGAGGCUGAUUCUGAAUUGUGCGUUGUUGAGGAACCAGAGUCUCCACUAUAUGCGAUCAUUCAGACAGACUUGGGCUUUAUCAGGCGAGCUGCGGAGAAGAAACCUGUUGGAUCAGAGUGUGUUAUUUGGUCACACGUAAGACGACACUGGUGCAAGGCACAAAUUUUAAAGGUUUCUGAAGAUGCUACAUUGGUUUUGCUUGUGGAGCAUGAUUCUGAGGUGGUGGUAGAUCCAUUCAACAUCUUUGAGAGAGUGCCAGAACAGCCAAUACAGCCUUCAGGCAUUGGAGCUGCAGUUCCAAGUGAUGAGUUGACCGAAAGAGUACUUGCUGCGCCAGUGAAGAAUGUAUACCAGGCUGAAGAUGAGGAAAAUGAAACGAAUCCCAUUGCAUCCUCUGAGGAACCAAAUGGUGGCAAGAGUAGCAAAUGUCUCAUUGAGAAGGAUCCAGGUGAUGAACCUGGAGUACAGCUUCGAGCAAAGGGAUCUGUGUCCUGUUCUGAUGCUUUGGUUGAAGAAUUUGAAGAUGCAUCAGGGGCAGCAUGUGCACAACUAGUUGAAAUACCAACUACUGCCAUGUGUUCCAAGCACCUACAAAUGGAGCCUCAGGAGGACAGAAAUACUUCAGCUGGAGAGCAAGGAGGGGCUGCAAAGAAUACAAUGGAUUUACUGAUGGAUUUCCUUGAUGCUCAUCUUCAGGAUAAGCAGGUAGUGGAUGAUGCAAGCAGGACCACACCUGAAAUAGAUGCCUUGCUUAAGGAGUUUAACAAUGUUACUGAAGAUCUUAUUGUUCUGACCAGUGAUGAUGGGGCAGAGUCAGACGAUGCAUCUGAUAGCACGCUUCAGGGAGAAGUGAUGGAGGUCUGCGCUGAUGCUGAAGAACCGUCACGCUUACAAGAAAGAUCUGAUUUUGGCAGCUCAGAGGAGCAAGCUUCAAGAGUCACUCAUCUGACAUUGAAGGUUGAGGAUGAACCUGAUGAAUCUGUUAUUUUUGUUGGUGUUUUGCGAGACCCUCAGGCAGAAGUAUGUGAGCCAGAACAGAAAUGUGACUAAUCUAUCAAAUUGAAUUCUGGUGAGGUACAAUUUACUUUGCUUAUGUGUUUUUCCUUUAAUUGCCAGCAGUUUGGUGCAUUUUGCAAGGGUGUUAUUAUGUUCACAUACUCUACUAAACUUAAGGUCUAUGUGGAUUACUACCAUAAUCCAGUUUGAUAGCAAUGAGCACUUCUACUUUUUCACACAAAUACAAUGCAUUAUUUCUCAUUCUCAGGUUUAAAGGCUGUUUUGUUUGUUCCUUUUCAUUACACAGCCUUUUUUGAUUAUUUGAUGCAGUUGUAAAAAAAUUAUAAUAUCCAAAUUAUCUUUGAUUUUCUGGAAGUUGCUCUAACAUGUUUACAUUGGUGGAAAUGGGUUAAAAUUUUGUUUAAUAAAUAUGUAUGCAGCACUUACUGUACAUGAAUGUACGGUUAUGGUAUGCUGUUAUUUAA